AUGCCUUCUACUACAGCACGUAUUAGAGACAAUUUGGAAACGGCAUACCCAAAUGACAUUUUUUUUGUUUGCAAAUUCGCAGCACCUGGUGGAGCAUCAUCGUAUGAAGGUCAAGUAUUAUUAAAUCAGCAAUUAGAAGAUGGAGAUUGGUUGAGAGUUUACAAAUUAUCAAAAUCAUCCGGACCCAUGAUGAAUAAUGUUAUAGUCAAACAUAUAGCAUUUCCUUUUGUUUAUGAUACAAAAGGCAUAAUAAAUAAUGAAGCACGACGUGAGAUACUUCAUCACAGUCUGAAGACUUUAUUUCCACAUCAUAAUGUCAAUGUGAUUAUUUUCAAUGAACCCUGGGAGAGUGCUUCAUGUGCUAAAGGUUGUGUCUCAUUUAUAAAUGAGUAUGGGUCUGAUGUCUGUGUUAUUUUGAGUUAA